AAUUUACCUUCAAAUUUAAUAAAUUUACCCCACCCAUUAGAUCGACCCGACCCGACCCGACCAUUUUGUUUUGUCCAUAUUGCAAUUGACCCAAAUAAAUUUCACUGCAGAUCUUCUUCUCCAUAUGAUUAUUUGCUCUCUCAGUGUUUGAAGGGCAAUGAUGCAGAGCGAAAACUCUGUUGAAGAUUCGCUUCAUAUCCGCAAGCUGGAGGUUACUGAUAAAGAAAAAGGCUUUAUUGAAUUGCUGAGACAAUUGACUGUCUGUGAUUCUGUUUCGGACGAGAGAUUUAAGGAGAGAUUUGAAGAAAUCGCGAAAUAUGGGGAUGAUCAUUGUAUUUGUGUGAUCGAAGAUGUUCGAUUAGGGAAGAUUGUUGCUACUGGAAGUGUGUUUAUUGAGAAGAAGUUUGUGAGGAAUUGUGGUAAAGCUGGACAUAUUGAGGAUGUUGUGGUCGAUUCGAGUGCUCGUGGGAUGCAAUUAGGUAAGAGAAUUGUUGAAUAUCUUGCUCAUCAUGCUCAUUCAAUGGGGUGUUAUAAGGUAAUCCUUGAUUGCACUGAAGAGAAUAGACCUUUUUAUGAGAAAUGUGGUUUUAAGAAGAAAGAAAUUCAGAUGGUUAAGUAUUUUGUUUGAUGAAUAAUUUUGUUCCUAGAAAUACUGAGUUUAUCAUAAGAUAAGUUUGAUCGCGUAAUCUUCUGUUUUCUUGUAUGCCCUGUGGCUUUGUUUUGAGCACUCGUGGGAUCGGGGGAACAUAGCACAAUUCUUCUUAGAGGAGGGUUAUUUGCCUGAGUGAACGUUAACGUGAAAGUAUUUGUUUUUGACCAG